GCGCACAGAGGAUAACUACUCAUGUGCAGAGAACCGGUGGUUUGCAUUAUCCACUACCAAUUCCUUUGAAGCCAAAAUUUCAAGUUGUUCUGAAUUUCUUCACUCAUCACUCUCAGCUUCUGCUCUGCAACAAUGCUACCCAGCUCCCACACUCCUCUUCCCCGCACCAACCUCGCUCCCACUCCCUCUCUCUCUUAUGUCUCCCUCUACACUGUCUCUUCUUCCCCUUCUUCUUCUUAUUCGUAUUGUUGCUCGCUCUCCCUUCCGUUUCAUUUCGAUCGCAGCCGUCUCCCAUCGUUCGGCGUCCAUGGAGGAGCCCGUUCGAGCAGGAACCCUAAACCUAAGGGGCUGAAGGUGAAUUGUGCGACAAGCGAACCACUGAAGGUGAUGAUAUCCGGGGCACCGGCGUCAGGGAAGGGGACUCAGUGUGAGAUGAUUGUUCAGAAGUUUGGAUUGGUGCAUGUAUCGACUGGAGAUCUUCUAAGAGCUGAAGUAUCAUCUGGGACAGAAAUUGGAAAUAAAGCUAAAGAGUACAUGAAUACCGGCCGCCUGGUUCCAGAUGAAAUUGUGACAGCUAUGGUAACGGCACGAUUGUCACAGCAAGAUGCAAAAGAGAAGGGAUGGCUUCUAGAUGGCUAUCCCCGGAGUUUUGCUCAAGCAGAGAGUCUGGAGAAAACGAAGAUAAGACCAGAUCUAUACAUAGUAUUAGAUGUUCUUGAUGAAAUUCUAAUCGAUAGAUGUGUUGGUAGAAGGUUGGAUCCCAUAACAGGGAAGAUUUACCAUCUAAAAAAUUUUCCACCAGAUAAUGAGGAAAUUAAGGCAAGAGUUAUAACUCGACCUGAUGAUACCGAAGAAAAGGUUAAAUCGCGCCUAGUAAUAUAUAAGCAAAAUUCAGAAGCAAUCUCAUCAACAUACUUCGAUAUACUAAAUAAGAUUGAUGGCAAUCGUCCAAAAGAAACAGUUUUCAAAGAAAUAGACUCCUUGCUGUCUCAAGUGCGGCAAGAUAAAGCAAAAACUACAAAAUUAGGAAAAUCAUUGACCGGAACUGACAGCCAUGCAAAUCUAGCAUCUUCAACCCAGGAAAACUGGAGAGGAAUUCCGACUAAAUUGAACAACAUUCCUCAUUCUAGAGAGAUCAGGAAAUAUUUUUAUGACGAUGUGCUACAAGCCACACAGAGAGCCGUAGCUGAUGGAAGAAUGCGAUUGAAGGUGGAGAUCAAUAUUCCAGAGCUGAACCCAGAAAUGGAUGUUUAUCGAAUUGGUACGUUAAUGGAACUUGUUCGAGUCCUUGCACUGUCGUUUGCAGAUGAUGGAAAACGUGUUAAGGUUUGUGUGCAAGGCUCUAUGGGAGAAGGUGCACUUGCUGGGAUGCCAUUGCAGCUUGCUGGAAGCCGAAAGGUCUUGGAGUUCAUGGACUGGGGUGAUUAUGGUGCCAAGGGGACCUUUAUUAACAUAGGUUCUAUAGGUGCCAAAGAGGUUGAUGAACAAGAUGACAUGUUUAUUCUAGUGGCUCCUCAAAAUGCUGUAGGAAAUUGUAUUAUUGAUGAUCUAAGAGCUAUGACUGAUGCUGCUGGCAAACGCCCUGUCAUUCUCAUCAAUCCUAGGCUAAAGGAUUUACCGGCCUCCAGUGGAAUCAUGCAAACGAUGGGCCGGGACAAGAGAUUGGAAUAUGCUGCAUCAUUUCAAAACUGCUAUUUUUUUCGGCUUCUUUAUUAUGCUGGGACUCUAUAUCCAAUCAUGGGGGCUCUCAGGAUGUCUUAUCCAUAUCAGUAUGAGUUGUACAAGAGGGUGGAUGAACUGUCUGGGAAAGAGAAGUAUGUUGUCUUGUCUUCUUUUAGCGAAAGGCCAAAUGUAGACGAAAUAAACAAUGCUUUUGCAGGAAAAAAGAGGAAUCAAGUUAAAGAAACCUCAGGAAUUUGGUAGAAGACCUAGUUCUUAAACAUCAGCAGCCAUCACCUCUCUUGAUGAUGAAUGAUUUGUUUGUUUCCAUUGCAGGGGCUUCCUGAGUAGUAUUCUUGGAGCCUAGAAGAAGAUUUCAAACGAUGGGCGAAAUGCAAGGCAUGCAACAUGCAGGUCUCAACAUAAAGUAAGCUACUUGGAAAUCUUUCUCCUGCUAAAACUCUUCCAAAAUUGAUUAGAAUCAUUUUAUUUUGCUUGUUCCUGAGACUUCUAGGCUCGGGCAUUCUGUGAACAGAUCCAAUGUAUCAAAGCAACAUGCAGUUGUUGAGCCUGCUGUACAUACGUUGAAAUGAAUACAAAACAAUGGCAUUGCAUGAAUAGAGGAUAAUUAGAGAGAGAGAGAGAGAGAGUUAAGUUUGCUGUACAUAAGACAGUUGAAUUUUUCAGAUGCAGAAAAAGUCAAGUAACUUGUAACAUGAGCUUGUUGUACAUUCGUUGAAAUGAACAUAAAGAGAGUUGAGUUUGCUGUACACAAGACAGUUGAACUUUUCAGAUGCAGAAAAAGUCUUAUAACUUAUAAUA